UCGAUGGUUACAAGUUGACACUUAUUACGAUGAUGAUUACCAUGAUCAGUUCUUUCUUUCGAAUCAUAUCUAUCAACAACCUAAGCAAAUAUUUCAUUUAUUAGAUCUAAAUACCUUUUAGCUUCCAAGUAGAUAGCAUACGAGUCUUGGGUACCGGUAAUUCUCGAUGAACCAUACUAUAAAGAAAGAACAAAGAUUUUUUUUUUCUAGACGCGUCAAAAAAAAACAACUAAUGAUCAAACGAGAUCACGUGAUCUUAAAUCCUUCAAAAAUGCUGCGAAUCUCUUUUUCUCUUUUUCUCUUUUACGCUAUGGAGGAUAAUACAGUCAGUCACUUUGUUGUAUUGUUUACUGCUCAAAAAGCAAGAAAGAACAAAAUCUGGCAAGACGGCUUUCUCAAGUACUAUAGUUUUAAUAAAAAACUUGUGUUGAUUGAUGAAAAAGGCUAUAAUAUUGACAGGAAAUUCAAUAAGGGUGGUAGGCCUGCUGUAGGUGAUGAAUUGGAAUUUGAUGGACAUAUAGUGACAAUAGAAGAAUAUCAAUCUACAGAAAUAGCCAAUGUUAAUCAGCCCAGUCGAGUCAAUGUUAAUCAACCCAGUCGAGUCAAUGUGUCGCUACCUGAUAGACAGCUCAAUAAAGAGCCACCCAAGGAAAAUGUACAGAAACAAUCAAAAAAUGCACCUUUUAAACCACCUUCAUUUGUACCCAAGAAAAGAAUGAUAAAAUCUGAUUCAGAAGAGGAAGACCCAAUGGAUAUUGAUGACAAACCAACCCUUCCUUCUUCAAGUAUACCCACAUCUUCUACUGCUGUUACUCCUCCAGUUCAACCUACUCCAGCUCAACCCACACCUAUAGGUUCUUCUUCAUGUGUCCCAUUAAAAAGAGCUCGAAUGGGUCUAUCCAAGAAAACAACAUCUGUAUUACAUCAACAUAUCGCUCAACAAACUACUCCUCCACCUCAACAAACAUCAUUUCAACCUGCUUCUAGUAUGACUGCACAAGCAACCACAAACACGCCGAAACACGCAUCCACAGAGACACCAAAAGUAUCCCCUGAACAAACCAUCAGUGGCCACAAGGACCCUACAGAAACAAAAUAUACGUCCAUGAUCCUACAGUUCCCCAACAGUCGAAAAGCACUUGGCCUCGUGAAAUCCAAAAACUACCCUAAACGAUCCAAAGUUGUGCCUGCUAAAUUCAAGAAUCCAGCACUCUAUCAGAAUACAUUCCGAGCCAUCAUUAAUGAACAUUUAGAUAUCUUGUUGUUAAACUAUGGCAUGUAUUUUCAUUCUGUGUAUGAGAAACUCGGUAAAAACAAGCACGGACAAGACCUAGAGCGUACUAUGCGAUCCAAAGGUAUUGCUAUCUAUGUUCAAAACGAAUUAAAGCAAGAGAAUCCACGCUAUGGACAGUCAACAUUUAGACUGAUGCUGCGUUCGAAUCGGGAGCAUCACAGUAAAUACAACAGAGACGAUAUUUGGAUCAUUUCGAAUGUGCCCAGCUUUGAAUCAAGCCAGACAUUUCUGGCUCGAAGUACGUUUUUUGGUCCAUUUUCAGAUGGAUCUUUGGAACUCCAUUGUUUGUCUGCUCGAGAUGCGCGUGUGGCUUCUCAGGUAAUGAAAAAGGAGACUAGUGUCUAUGCUCUUCGCACGAUUUCUGCCAGUACUGAAUUUAUGAUGUUGGAUACCUUGGACCAACAGCUGCAUGAAUUACCUGUCUUGCCUUAUCUUCUAUCCAACCCUCGUUUAUCCAAAAAGGCCAAGCCAUUGCCUACACUAGAACACAUUCGACUCACACAACACGACCAUGUAGAUAUAGAAGCUAGAAUAAGAGAGACUAUUCAGUAUCACAAACUCAAUGCAGAUCAAGAAGCUGUGUUACGACAAGUAGCUAAAAGUGUGAUUUAUUGUCCUGGUUGGAAUGAACAAUUAGAACAGCCUAUUGUAUUGGUGCAUGGUGUGUAUGGCUCAGGCAAGAGUUUUCUUGCUGCUGUAAUCAUCAUCUUUUUGCAAGACUUGAUUGAUACUGUGAAUGGAAAAAGAGAGCCUGAAGAUGCUAUUUCAUUCAAAAUCCUUGUUUCUUCUAUGACAAAUGUUGCAGUAGAUCGCAUUCUUCAGACAUUGCUUAAAUUAGGCUAUGAUCAUUUUAUUCGUAUUGGAAGUAUGAAGAAAAUCGCCAAGAAUUUAUUGCCUUUUACAGCUAAAGCCAGGGCAUCCAGUAAUGAAGGAAUUGGAACAAAUGCUUGAAGAUAGUCAAAAUACAGAAGAAGACAUGGACCAUAUUGCUACUGCCAUUCAACGGUUUCGUAAAUCAGAAAGUACAAAUCAAAUCCAUGCUGUGCAAGUGGUUGGUACUACCUUCAUGUCUUCUACGUUUGAAGUAUUUGAUGGUAUUCAAUUCCCCCUGAUUUUAGUAGACGAAUCAUCUCAAUUGAUGGAACCUCUGACAUUGGUGCCCUUGGCCAGGUUCAUGUGCCAUCGCCUAGUAAUGAUUGGUGAUCCCUUACAAUUACCGCCUACGUUGGCUACAAAUGCGGAAGAGUCCAAAGUAGGACAAGGAUUGGACAAGACCUUGUUUGAUCGUAUGAUGGAAAUGGGGUAUGAUUCUAUUAUGCUGCGCACACAGUAUCGUUGUCAUCCUCGUAUUUCCAACAUCAGUAACAAAUUGUUUUAUGAUCAAAGGCUGCUGAAUGGUGUGGAUGCACAAGACAGGAAGCCAUUGAUUGAAGGAUUGCC